AUGGAGGAGUACACGCGAGAACCUUGCCCUUGGCGAAUUGUCGAUGACUGCGGUGGGGCCUUUACGAUGGGUACCAUAGGCCGUGGUGUCUUUCAGGCAAUAAAAGGUUUUCGAAAUUCUCCAGUGGGCGUAAACCACAGACUACGAGGGAGUUUGACGGCUAUUAAAACCAGGGCUCCGCAGUUGGGAGGUAGCUUUGCAGUUUGGGGAGGUUUGUUUUCCAUGAUUGACUGCAGUAUGGUUCAAGUCAGGGAAGAAGAUCCCUGGAACUCCAUCACAAGCGGUGCCUUAACAGGAGCCAUACUGGCAGCGAGAAAUGGACCAGUGGCCAUGGUUGGGUCAGCAGCGAUGGGUGGCAUUUUCCUAGCUUUAAUUGAAGGAGCUGGUAUCUUGUUGACAAGAUUUGCCUCUGCCCAGUUUCCCAAUGGUCCUCAGUUUGCUGAAGACCCUUCUCAGCUGCCUUCAGCCCAGUUACCAUCCUCACCUUUUGGAGACUAUCGGCAAUAUCAGUAGGACUUCUUUCCCAGGAUUUCUGUAACAGAAUGAGCUGUAGUUAAAGAAGGAAUUUCAGAAGAUAAGUUAGAGUCUGCUUUUAAAACCACAGGUGGGAUAGCUACGGCCAAAUAGGCUUUGAAGAGACAUUCAGCUCUUUUUUCUAUUCAAGGGAACAUUGCAGGGGUGGGGCGCAGACAUUAAAAGAUAAUCCAUUUAUUUAUUCACAGUUGGAUUGCAUUUGUGAUCAAAAUAAAUGUCUAAUAUCUUUAAAAGAAAAUAUAAUAAAUGCUUAGAAGAUGAAGGACCACGGGACAAACAACAGUGAGACGUGACCAUCAUUUCUUCGGGGAUUUCUCUGCCUGGUUUUGUGUGUUCUGUCAGCCAAACGAUAAAAAAAUCCUGGAAUUCACUCUUUCUUUUAA